CUCCUCACUAGGUCAAAUUAGGUUUUCAUUGCUUUUUUACGUCAACAAAAACCCGUUUAAACAGUUAUUACAGUUUAUGUCGCAUUUCAUGAAACCAGUUCACUGCGUGCCAACAGUUCAUUAUUUCCUGUUUUAGGGACGCCAUGAACUACAGUUUACUCUGCUCGGAGAUGUUGUUGCUAGGCUACGGAUUGCCGGUUGGUCCACCUCACAUCAACGGUUGGACACUUGAAGACUGAACUUGGAUUUCCUGUCCUUUUGUGACUCUUCCUAAGGACUUAACUCCUCUCUAAAAUGCUGGAAGAUACUGCUUACAUCGACCAAGCUGCUCACCUUGGCCGGAGCGUUGACAUUCCCGGUGUGAUAUCCGAUCUGCAGCGACCCCAGCACCACGGCCAGGAUGGAGGUCAGGAGGGUGGCUGUCAGACGGGUCUGAAACAAUGGAGUGAAGGAGACAACAUGCUUCCAGUGCUCUCUCCGGAGGAUGGAUGCCCCCCUCUGCAGCACCUCAACCCUCACACAAGAUUCUCGCCGCGCAGUGAGAGGCCGUCUGUCUGUCUGCAGGUCGCGGGGAUGUGAAGCUCCAUCGGCCGCAGCCUCUCUCCCUGAAAUAGCCUGAUAUUAUGCGGGGAACCAGGCGCUCUGCAUGGACACAAGGGGAACAAAGCACUGCUUUAAAACACCUUUUACGAACUGGCAGUAUUCGCCAACUAUGGUUGACCCCUCGGAGGCUGAGGAUCAGUGUAAAGGUCCGCAGCUCAGUGCUCCAGCUGAAGACCCCCGGCUGCCCGACCAGGCUGAUGGCACCACAGAGGAGGACGGGGACGCUGGGUUCGAGACGCCGCCGUCCGGCAGCUCCGUGGCGAGCCCCUGCCACGUGGCUUCCCCCCCGACUUCUGAGACUCCGCCCCCUCCUCCUGAGACUCAGCCCCCUCCUCCUGAGACUCAGCCCCCUCCUCCUGAGCAAACACAGACUCAUACUGACAGACCUCCUUCACCAAAACUCCACCUGGACCUGUACAACUUCGAGUCCCCCGUGGCGGAGGGCAGUCGCUACGUGCUGACGAGCCCUCACUCCCUGGAGGCCUGCGCUCGAUGUGGGGUGAAACCGGUAGAGCUGCUGCACCGCCCGCUGGCCGACUUCGCCCGCGAGGCUCCGGGUCGAUCCAUGAGAGUCGCGACGGGUCUGUUUGAAGUCUUCGAGAAGGAGAGACACGGCAAACUGAGGCAGUGCCGGGAGGAGCGGGAGAGGAUCAUCAGGGAGGAGAAACGCCGGAUCCUGCAGGCGGCCGCGAACACCGGCAGCAGGGAGUCCGCCUCGCCUCAGGACCAGCAGCACAAAACCUCCUCUGGAUCCCCGCAGACUCCCAAAUCUGGGCCGGUGACCUCCGGCUCAGAUUCUGGAGCUUCUUCUAGAGCCACCCCUCCGUGUCCAGCAUCUAAACCUGCUCUUUUAAGUAGAACCACGACCGGUAACUCCCCGAAAUCUCAGUCCUCGAAAACUGGUUCCCUGCUGUCAUCGAAAUCUGAAGUGAAAACCAACCGCUCGCUCUCCGGACCUCCACCCAUAAUCAGGAAGUCUUCAGGGGGUAAAUCUUCGAAUACCUUCCCCAGAUCCACACCCAAACCCCCGUCCUUCCCCAGAGCCAAGUCCAGCCUCACCUCCUCGAUGACCAAGCCUCUGAACGGCGUCUCAGGACCGACGGUCUCUCAGCACAACGGACAUCUUGCCCUCGAGUCCAAGGUGCAAUCAAAAAGCCAUUCGCUGGAGUCCCUGCAGCGCCGCAUGGAUCCCUCCUCCACCUCCAACACCACCACCACCUGCACCUCCUCAGAGUCCGGCGCCUCCUCCUCUUACAGCUGGGAAGGCGUCCGGGAUCACUGGGCGAAGGCCUCCAGUCCUCGCGCUCGCACCAUGGCCACCUUCAACUCCCUGAUGGGCCGCAGCCUCAGCCUGGGGGACCUCAGCCACUCCCUGCAGACCAUGCAGAAGGUGGAGCGCAUCGUGAAGGAGGUGAAGCGCCGCGGCCUGAAGGCGGUGUCCGAGCGGGACCGAAAGAUCGCGGCGCUGAUGCUCGCCAGAUACCAAGAGGAGGACAUCAUGAGCCAGACGCGCUACGUGGCUCACCUGCAGUGGGACAGCGAGCGGAGGAUGGACGAGCUGCGGAGAGAGCAGGAGGAUCGGGAGAAGCAGCGGGCGGUGCUGCAGUGCCAGAGGGCUUGGCAGUCGCAGGUCUCCACCCGGCAGAGGAGGCUCAGCCAGCAGGAGAGACUGUCCACCGCCGCCAAGAUGCGCCAGGCGGAGGAGAGCGAGGAGCGCUGGAGGGAGCUGGCGGAGCAGCAGGAGCGCAGCCGGCUGCUGAGGCUGCAGCAGGCGGCUCGUGAGGAGAAGCACAAGAAGUCCCUGCAGGAGCAGAACCUGAAGGCAAGGGAUGAGGACCGGGCCGCCAUGCUGGAGCAGGAGAGGUUGCUGCUGAAGGAGAAGCUCACCAUGGCCGAGCUCAAGAGGCAGGAGAAGGAGCACCGGAGCCAGGAGGACCGGCGGGGGCUGAACAAGGCGGAGAAGAGACGCCACGCCGCCCUGAUCCAGGAGAUCGCCCGCAGAGAGCAGGAGGAGAGGGAGGAGGCCAGGCGGGCGGCCGAGGGGAAGCUCAGCCGCUCCCUGGAGAACUACGAACACAUCGUGGAGCGCAGAGGCCAGGAGCUGAAGGAGAAGGCCAAGCGCGAGGAGAAGCAGAUCCUGAAGGCUCGCAAGGCGGCGGAGAAACGGGAGAAACAGCAGCAGCAGCUCCUGGAGGCCCGUGUGAAGGAGGCGGAGAAACGAGCGCAGCAGGCGGCGCUGGUGGCUGAAGUUCGGUCGAAAGAGAAGGCUCAGCGCGCCGUUCAGAGCCGGCAGGAGAAGGAGAAGCUGCAGAAAGUCAACAGGCAGCGGGUGGAGGAGGAGGAGAAGCAGAAGAGGACGGAGCUGCUGCAGUCCAUCGAGAGGAAGCUGGAGAAGAGCGAGCAGAUCUUCAAGGAGAAGAGGGCGGUGCUGGAGAGCGCUCGCUCCGUGGCCCAGGCCUCCUUCCACGUCCGGGACAAGGUGAGGGAGGAGACCAACAUGCGGACCUUUGAUAAGAUGGCUCUGGAGGCUCAGCUCAAAGCCAGCCUGAACGACAGUAAACUCUGAGGUCACGUCCUGUCGCCUCGUCAUCAAACAGCUUUACCUUUUCUCACAACAGUGUUAUUUAUUCCCUGACAUAUCAUCCCCCAUCAGCUGGCGUUAUUAUUGUUUCUGAGCAAACCAAAUCAUUUUGUAUCGUGGAUGUAAUGACACUUUAUUAUAAGUGGACAGUAAAGCCUGUAUGUCACGUACAUUCACUUCAUAUCAGAGGAAAAGUGGGUAGAGGGCUGCAGCAAACCCCCCCCCCCCCCCCCCCCCCCCUUCUUCUUGCCUUCUGUCUAUGUUCAGCUACCGGACUGGAAGCUGUGCAGGAAUGAAAAGAGUCAUUGUUUACCAGGAAGCACAACUGCAGAGGCUUUUAAGGAAGCGCUCCUCUGAGAGGGAAUAAUCACAAAUGGGUUUCAGACCCCGAAGCUAGUGCAGGAUCCUUUCUGUGACACAGCUAUAAAAAGCAUGGAUACUCUCGUCUGUACGGAGCUGCUGACAGGAGGGCCGUGUGCACAACUGAUGGAGCACCAGAGGACCAGGACCCCCCCCUCGUACUCCCUUCAAACACCUCCCAGUAAACAGUGAGGACAAGGUCAACAGGUCCUGCUGAUAAACGAGAGCUGGUGACGCUAUCUACAAUCCUCAUUUUCUUCCAACACUGAACUUUAUCAGAGCGGAAAACUCAACAUCCAUAUCAAGAGUGCGUUUUCAUUUGAAAACCAGUAACAGUGCCAUGUGUCGUGCUGCUGAGAACAGAAACCCACAGCCUUUUACCUGCAGAAACGACAUGUACCAGGUUCAAACACAGCUUUAUUAGCAUCAAGGCAUGUCGAUCAGUCCUUAUCAUGUUCCCUCUUACCUUCCUCUAUCAAUUCUGGUGUUAACUUAUCAUUUUUACAUUGUCAUUAAAUGCUUGCGUCAGUGAAAGACAUCGAGUUGCUUCGUCGAGGACACGUUUUUUAAGAUGUAGCAAUAAUGCAAGGUGGAAAUCCCAACAUGUGAGUUCAUUGUUAUCAUGAAACCUUCUGUUAAAUUAAAGGAGACAACCUGUGCAAACAAUCAAAACCAGAAUAAUAAAAACAAACAUUUUACAA